AUGGCGCACAGAUUAUUGAUGCAGGUUUUCGUCACCGGCUCUCAGGUUGUCGGUAAGGCCUUCAUGGAGGCGUACCGCCAAGCUUCGUCUGCCUCUUUGCGGGCUUCUGCUACAGCAGCCGCUAGAGAAAAGACGGGCGGUGUGUCCUUGUCCGAGGCCCGCAAAAUCCUCGGUAUCGAAGAUGGAUCGUUGGACCUGGAGCAGGCACAGAAGAAGUACGACUACCUUUUCGACGCCAACUCCAGAGAGAAGAGUGGCUCUUUUUAUCUCCAAAGCAAAGUUUAUCGUGCUAUGGAAUGUGUCAAGUAUGAGGUUCAGCAAACGGAAGCUGAAAAGGCCACAGAAACUAAUGGGAAGGCAGAAGCAAAGGGGAAGGACAGCUCUUGA